AUGGCACUGAGCGGCGAAAAUGGCCCCGACAGCCUCACCGCCUCGGUGAACUCUCCCAAUCGAGCCGCCGCCCCCACCCGCCCGUCCAAACGAGGCCGCGCGGAGGAGGAAAAGGCUGCUGCCUCCGCCAGCGUUAAUUUGGAUGCCGCGCGGCAGAUCCCUUCUCUUUCCCACCGUCAGCUCCCCACCAUCGAGCUGACGACGCUGGCGGAAACAAUUCACGAGGCGCUCGCCGCGAAUGACGUCCGCGCGGUCCGAAAGCAUUUAUGCGCGUUAGACAACGUCCAGGUCACCCAACGACAGCUGAUGGAGUCGAAAAUCGGUGUGGCCGUAGGCGACGUCCUUGGGAAUUCCGCCUGCCGCGCUUUGUGGCCCCUCUCACGCGCGUUCAUCUCGUGUUGGGUGCAAAACCUUCCGGAGGAAACCCUCGAUGCGAUUCGACGCCUUCAGCAGGCGGGGGACCUUGUGAUGCCGCAGGAGGACCCCGUCCUGGGAUUCCCUUCCCUGUCGAGCGCGCCGUCCUCUCCCGUUUGGGGCUUUCCAAACCCUUCGAAAGAAAGCCCUCACGCCGCCUUGACGACGACCUCGCCAUCCAUACGCACCCCAACCAACGCACCCUUCUCCCCGCAGCGCACUUCGUUUUAUUCGACGCUUUGCGAACUUUUGGUGGACCCCCUCAGCGCGACCAAAAUCCCCAGUGAGGUGGUGAAGAAGGUCGCGAAGGAGCUCGCGAAAACCCUGCAUGGCCAGGACGAGCGGCUGCUUUUGUUCUCCCGGCUGCGCAAUUCCGGGCUGGAGUUUGUGCGGGAAAAUCUCCUCUCCGGGCGGUGGACCGCCGAGGAAUACCUUCAUCAACCUGAGGAGAUCUUUAUCACCGCCAAAGAGAAGGAAGAAGAGGAGCGGCGUCUACGACAAAAGCACAAGGCCUUCGAGGAGGCUAAACUCGCCCACGUCAACCUCACGAAUAUGUUCACCUGCCGCGGCUGUAAAGGGAAGCGUUGUCAUUACUACGAACAGCAAACCCGCGGCGCCGAUGAGCCGACGACGAAGUUUAUCACCUGCUUAGACUGCAAAAACGUCUGGACUGAGGAAUAA